UCAAUGAGUGUCUGUGAUCAUAGGUGCGAAAAAAUAUGACUACUAUCAGUUAGAGAAAAGAAUUAAAUGAACUAUAGACAAUCACUUUCCCAUUUAUGUCUGUGGGAAGAUGCACAGAAGAAGAUCGGAGGCCUCUCACCUGUUGCCCCAGAUAUUGUCACCAUUGUCCUCCGCAAUGCAGAGUUUUGGCCUGCCAUUGAACAAGGGAUCAAGGUUAUGAAGCCAAUUGUUGACCUUAUUGGAGAUGAGAAGUCCCACAAUUCAUCACUCGCUUCCUGCAUGCUUGGGCUAAUUUGGCUUGCGAAGACAAUCUCUCACGUUUUUUUUGCAAUGAACACAAAAACUCACAGUCUCACGCUAUUUUUACACCCAAUGUGCCAAAAACUCGCAAUUUCGCAAGCCAUAAACGGACGUUCAUUCAAAUUUAUGGUGGAGGUAGCUCUCGACAUUGCUAAACAGUGGCGAUGGAGCAAACAGCUUGCAAAAAUGCUCGUUGCUGACUUAAAGGAUUAUCACAAAUGCUCUGGAGUAUUUUCGGGAGGGCAGGCCGACGCACUCGAUUGGUGUGAAACCCUCCCCGUCAGUGCCGAGCACUGUCCAUUGAAGGCAUUUGUGAUCAUAAUCCACUCAAUCGUACCUCAUGCUGCUGAUGUCGAGCAUUAUUUCUCAGGUCUGGGUGGGGUACAAUCUGUGAAGCGCUGCAACCUAUCAGUUCAGACUUUCAAGUCUCUGAGCAAACUCCGGGCAAGCUACACAAAUUUCUUGCACAAGGUGGAUCACAAAGCUGGCAAGCCAGCACAUCGCAAACACGCCCAUAUGCACACUCGGCCAGAGCAUGGACUUGACACAGCCUUGGCAGACAAACUUCAAAGGUCGUUUGCAUGGGUGCCACCACUCGCUGGUGCCUCUCGCAACUCAGACAACGAAUUUCUUGCAGGUCCCGAGUCAAUCACAGAUGAGGAGCUGCUCGAAGAAUUUGACAGAUUUGAAAAUGAGAUGCUGGAGUCACGAGGCUUGCAAGAAGGUACUGGCGAAGUCCCAGAUAUUUUGGGGGGAGAUAUUAUUGAUUGGGAUGAGCUGGAGAAAGUCAAUAAAGGAAUUACACCUGCAGGGUUUGUCGAAGAGAUUGAUGUGGUUGGCCAUGGGUCACAAGGCACAGAGGCAGGCUGGAACAUCAAUGCACUGUUGACAUCAGGGGUGUAGCAUCCAUGCAAUAGCUUAGAUAAUUUUUUUGCUGUUAUCUUACUAGAACACGCAGAAACCCUCAAAACAAUUCUGCCGACUUUUGCCAUUCUGCCAAUUGCCGUUCUGCCGUUUUUUUGGCAGAACUCACCCCAAAAUACUUCUGGCCCCUACACUA